AUGGAACAGACUAUUGUAAACUACUUCGAACCCUUCGUCAAUAAGACGAAUCAAUCAUCGAACAAAUUGACCUCUCGUUUAGCUUUAGUUAUUUUAUUGGCAUUACUUCCAACUGUGGCAUGCUUUGUUUUAGCAAUGCUUGCAAUUGGUUGUGACAACGGCUGGUUUCUCCAUAUGACUUGUAUCACUGAUCCAUGGGCUUUUGGCGGACCAUGUAUUGUAAUGUUAAAAUGUACAGGUUUUAUGUUCGUUGUUGCUAUUUUAGAUCGAAGAAGCGUGAUACGUAAGCGCAGGGAACAAGAAUUAAAGGAAAAACAACAACAGACUUCUACUAAUUCUGUCUCAAUAAGUACACCACAACCAUUGCAAAACCAACCACAACAACAAGUGAUUGUUAACCAACAACAAGCAUUACAACCAACUAUACCACCUCAAGCUGGAAAAUUUUGGGUCAACAGUCAUCCUAUGGUAGGUGAAGAUCAGACCAUACGGCCGGAGUCAUUCCACAGUGUACAACCUGAAGUAGUCGUCAACAUUAUGAAUCCUAUUCAUCCGGCUUUUUACGUGUCAACUGAAAAGGAAAUGAAAAAAAUGUAA